ACUUAUUUGGUUAAGUUUAAACCAAGACUAUAUUUAUUUAGUAUUUCAAUUAAAAUCGUUUAAUAUUUAUAAUAGUUAAUUGUAAGGUAAUUUUACUAAUUUUGUCUUUUAUACACCUAAGUGUUGACUUUUUUUAAUAUGUCUACAAAACUAUUCAUAUUAUGUGGUCUUGUACUUACUACUAUUAUCACCGUUGAGGGAGCACCUUCGUCGAAUUUACGUGAGUAACUAUAUUAUAAAAAAUAAUAUUAUUGCCUACAAACACUAAUAGGGGCGGUUCUUGACAAGAAAACGCAAACCUCAAAAAAUAUAACAUCAAGUUUAUUAAAUAGUAGAAUAUACUCGAAAACAAAAAAAAGUAGCUAGUUUUUCGCGAUAUUUACAAUUGUUAAAUCUAUACUUUGAAAUACUGUGUUUUAGUAAUAAUUAAUUUUUAAAAAAAUUGUUGUUUUAGCCAAAGGAUUUAUACAAUGCAAGAAAAGUGAUCCGAAAUUCAACGAAUGUCUAAAGGACGGUCUUCAAAGUGCUAUUCCUCAUUUAGCAGAAGGUAAAAUAAAAAAAAUAUACUCUAAAAUAAAGAUUUAUUUCACGAAAUUACUAAUAUUGUAAUGAUUUUGUUAUAUUUAUAUCUGUAUAAAUAUAAUGUUCCGUAGGUGUUCCGAGUUUAGGACUAAUCAAAGUAGACCCAUUGCGAAUUAUAGAGUUGAAAAUUAAUCAAGAAAGUGGUCAUCCAGUAAAUUUGGACUUAAAAUUUAAUGACGUAGAUUUGAUUAACUUGAAACAUAGCCAGAUAAAAUCAGUUUAGUGAGUAUAGUACCUAUAAACAGUGUGUUCAUGCAUAAUAAUUAUUAAUGUUAUUCUACUACAGUUAUGAUUCUGUAAACUAUAAUGCUAAAAUCGAAGUAUUAUUGCCGGAAUCUUUAUUAUUGGAGGGAAACUAUGAAGUAAAUGGUAACGUGCUUGUUGUUCCAAUAAAAGGAAAGGGAAAAUGUAAACUUGUUACAGGUAAUUUAAUUGUUCAGUCUAUAAAAAUGGAUAAAUUGAAUUAAAAAUAAAUGAACUGCUAUAUAAUACCUAUAUUUUUACGUUGUUUUAGAUAUUUCAAAUGCUGUCAUUAAUGUUCAAUUCAAACCAGUGGUAAAAAAUGGAAACACAUUCUUGGAUAUCAACAAUUUUACAUUUGAAUUUACCGCUACGAAAUUGCAUUUGAAAUUUGAUAAUCUGUUUAACGGAGAUAAAGCUUUAGGUUUGUUUAUGUGUGAUAUAUUAAGAGCAUAUGAGAAUAAAAAUAAUUAUAGUGGUUAAAUUAAUUUUCAAUAAGUAGUUGAUAAUCUGCUCUAAACAAUCUUAUGUUGUAAUUUAUAAAUACUUUAUUUAUUUAAUAUUUGACUGUUAAAAUAAUUAUCCCGUUGUAUUAUUACAGGUGACAAUAUGAACGUGUUCUUAAACGAAAAUUGGCGUGAUAUCUUGAAAGAAUUGCAGCCUUCUGUUGAACAGGUUUUGAGCAUGGCUUUUAAAGAGAUAAGUCAACAUUUUUUCAACAGUAUUCCGGAAAAUGAAAUAUUUUUACCUUAAUUGGAUCAUUCUGUAUUAUUAUGUUUUUUAAAUAAAUUUAAGAUUUUGUUCGAUAAUUGAUCUACUUAUAGAAUUUUGUUUAUAAAAAUUAAACUACUAAUAUCAAAUCAUGUUUUUAAUUUUAUGGUUAUCAAUAAAAUUGUUUUCUUUUAUUUGUGUGGACCGGUAGCUUACAGUUAUUAUACACACGCCCGAACCCCUAAUCUCGGACACCAGAACUAAAAAUUUAGAGGAACAGCUGCCUGUGCCGUGGUAUGAUAGCCCGAACAGGAGUUUUCGGCUAUAUCGUGCAAAUAC